AUGGAUCCCGGUGCGCCUGGGCGCCUCUUCGACCAGCGCUUCGGCGAGGGGCUCCUGGAGGCUGAGCUCGCUGCACUCUGUCCCACCACGCUGGCGCCCUACUACCUGCGCGCACCCAGCGUGGCGCUGCCCGCCGCCCAGGUGCCCGCCGACCCCGGGCAUUUCUCGGUGCUGCUGGAUGUGAAGCACUUCUCCCCAGAGGAAAUCACUGUCAAGGUGGUUGGUGAACAUGUGGAGGUGCACGCUCGCCAUGAGGAGCGCCCGGAUGAGCACGGAUACGUGGCUCGAGAGUUCCACCGCCGCUACCGUUUGCCGCCUGGUGUGGACCCUGCCGCCGUGACAUCAGCGUUGUCCCCUGAGGGCGUUCUGUCCAUCCAGGCCGCGCCCGUGCUGGCCCAGGCCCCACUGCCGCAACCACAGGCUGCUGCCAAGUUGGGGUCUGGGCACACCUGAAGCCUGGGGACCGCCGCAGGCCACCUGUUUUAAAGCCGACCUGACUCCGCCCAGCCAGAUGUACCGAGCUCGCCAAGACCACCACCCCUACACCCCAUCUGGGGUCCAGCCCGGACCCUUCCAACCUAGACUCAGCCCUGAUCUCUCAUACACCCUCGUUUUCAAACCCCAACACCUUCCUAGCUUCCAGACCCUACAAGCCCAUCCCCACUAACCCAUUUCUUGGCUUGUAAAGCCACUCAAAACCUAUUUCCUUCUCAUUAUGAAAAUAAUCACUCUGAUACCUGACUAUGAUAUAGACAGCCCUGUUCCCACCAUAGGCCAAUUAAGCACAACCCUCCCCCACACCCUCACCCCCCUAUCCCACAAAGCCCCAGACUCUGCAGACUUCCCACACCAGAUCACCCAAGCCUGGUCUUCCACUCAUUCUAACCAGACAGUCCACCCCCACCCCUCUUCCCAUCUUCUGACAUAAAACCUCAGCCAGCCACCUUCAGACUCUUGAAUCCCUUUUCAGACCCCCGCCCUUGGAAAACCCAUUCUAGACCAACCAGGACCCUCAAAAAUGUAGAUAUCCUGCUCAUUUCCCAGGCUCUACAGAAUGUCCUAACCCUCCUCCAACUUCACCAAGGGCACCCCAGUCACUUUGUCUUGACCCUUAAGUCUCUAAUCACAGGCAAUCCACCUUCCAGUCUCUACCCCUUAUUCUCCAAGACCCAGCCUGCAGCCACUUUCUUAGAUUUUGAUUCCCCACAUUUUUUCUCCCUCCCUAAAUUCCCUGCUGUCCUAUCCCCUCACUCCUCAAUAAAUGUGCUAGAGUUGUG